AUGGCCGAUUACAUAAAAAAGCGUAAACGAUUAUCAGGUUCGCAAUAUUUAAAGAAAAGACUAGCACGGGAGAAAGAUUUAGUUAAACAAAAAGGUAGUUUACUGAAAUUUUGUCAACAAAAUAGUCAAGAAAAUGUUAUUACUGAUAAUUAUACUGAUGACAGUGAAGAAAAUAGUGGAAAUAAAAAUAUUGAAGAUCUAAGUAUGGGCGAAGUUGACAAUAAAAAAAAGAACAUGACAAUGAAAUACACAAAUUUUAAAUCUCUUGAUUUUGAUGACCCUAAUAAAUGGCCCUCUAUCGAUGAAAAAUUAAGACUUUACUUAAUAGAGUGUGGACCUCGUCAAAUAAAUAUGGAAACAUUUCCUAUAAACACUAGUGGUAGAUCAUUUUCAUCUUUUCACUAUUUUCGACGUUUACCUAAUGGUGAACGUAUUAAACGUUCUUGGAUAAUUUAUUCUAAAUCAAGUGAUUCUGUGUUUUGUUUUUGCUGCAAAUUGUUUAAUAUUGGAGUAGUAUCUCUUAGAACCAAUGGUAAUAAUGAUCGGAAAAAUAUAUCAAAUAUAUUGAACAGACACGAGACGUCAAAUUCUCAUAAAAAGGCAUAUCAAAAUUGGAAAGAAUCAGAAACAAGGUGUAAACGUGGAAAAACUAUCGAUAAUAUCAAUGAAGCUAAUUUAAAAAUUGAGACAGAACAUUGGAAAAAUGUACUUAGUAAAUUUGAUCCAGUAAUGAAAGAACACAUAAGAAGAAUAUCAUCUCAAGAAAUUCAUUGUCAUUACUUAGGAAAAGAUAUCCAAUAUGAAAUAAUUCAAUUAUUGGCGAAUAAAAUAAGAUCUCGCAUCAUAACUACAUUAAAAAAUGCAAAAUAUUAUUCAAUCAUUUUAGACUGUGCGCCAGAUACAAAUCAUACAGAACAAAUGACUGUCAUAGUUAGAUUCGUCUCAACUACUGAAAACGAAWCCACAAGUAAAAUAGAACACGUUUCUAUGAAUGAACACUUUAUCGGUUUUAUAGAAUUACACAAUACUACUGGCUUAAUUAUGACUGAAGUUAUUCUUCAAAAACUGAGAGAAUUAGAUAUUUCAUUAGAUGACAUGAGAGGCCAAGGAUACGACAAUGGGGCUAAUAUGCGUGGAUAUAAAAAUGGUGUUCAAGCUAGAAUUCGAAAUCUAAAUUCAAGAGCUUUUUACGUGCCAUGCAAUGCACAUUCUUUAAAUUUGGUUUUGAACGAUUCAGCAAAUUGA